AUGUCCUGGUUAUUCGGUGGUAACAAUAAUAAAGAUGAUACAAUAACUUCUCCCGAUGCUUCAUCGGGAUCCAGCACUUUGGGUUUCGAUACUUCCCAACUAACAAACGUGACCAACAUAAUCACCGGUCCUCAUGGAGGUUUCGAUCCUGCAAGAUUACAUCCAUUAGCAGGCUUGGAUAAAGGUGUGGAAUAUUUAGAUUUAGAAGAAGAACAAUUGUCCACCAUGGAAGGUUCACAAGGGUUGAUCCCAUCACGUGGUUGGACCGAUGAUUUAUGUUAUGGUACCGGUGCUGUAUACUUAUUAGGUUUAGGAUUUGGUGGACUUUCUGGAUUCUUCCAAGGUAUUAAGAAUAUUCCACCUAAUAGUCCCGGAAAAUUACAAUUGAAUACAAUAUUGAAUAGUAUUACUAAGAGAGGACCCUUCAUGGGGAAUAACGCAGGUAUCUUGGCGUUGAGUUAUAAUUUAAUUAAUUCUACCAUUGAUAGUUUCAGAGGUAAACAUGAUACUCCAGGUGCCAUCUUGGCUGGUGGGGUAACGGGGGCUAUAUUUAAAUCAUCCAAGGGUCUUAAACCAAUGGCAUACGCAUCUGCCUUAAUGGCUGCUGCUGCUGGUACAUGGGGGGUUGCCAAGAAGAGUGUUUUGGAAUGA